UUCGAUGACUUUUGUAAAAUCUUCUAUAAAAAAACUGCAUCCAAAAAAACUGUAUCAAAUAAUUCAGAAAGUCAGAUCACAAGCAUCAAAAUUUAAUGGAAGAAUUCUGUACAUGUGCAGUGAUGGAGCAGAAUGGAGUGGUUUGGCAAGUGUUCUCACACUGUUGUUGGAUAGAAUGGACCACGACCAGCGUCUAACUGUUCCACUUGUUGUUGGGGCUAUCAAGAGUGUACGGCCAGAAGUUAUUUCAUCAUUGAGUCAGUAUGAAGUGUUGUAUAAAGUGUUGGAAAGAUACCAUGAGGUGACAUCUUCAUACAACAAUGUUGGUGAUGUCAGGAUUGUGCCAAUUAUUCAGACAAGUGAGAAUGGACCACAGGAAGACUCUCUGAAUGUGUACGUCAACAAUGAUGUGACAUCAGCUGUUUGAGCUAUUAUUUUAGUUUUCAUUAUAAAAGUACUGAAACAUACUAGAUGUAAUAAGGUGGUACUAUGUAUCAGUUAUUGUAGAUGAUAGAAAUGAUGAAAAUUAAAUAUAAAAGAUUAUAGUUAUUAAACAGAAUGGUGUAUGAAA